UCAAUUCAGAAAGAUCCGAAAUGAUAUUAUUAUUAUUAUUAUUAUUAUUAUUACUUACUUACUUACUUAUUUAUUUAACAUAGGAUGGAUAUAUUUGAAGAAGCAAAUUUAUAAGUUAAAAUACGUUAGGGACUUUUAAUUUAAGUCACCGGUGUUGUUCAAACGCGGGAAAAUUGUCAACGUCACCGCCUACUUUGUACGCUUAAUUCGUUGAGCUAAUUUGUGUAGUAAUUAUCUGAUAUUAAUGCGAAGUUUGAUUUACAUGUUUCAUGAUCUGUGUUCUAUCAUCUUCAUGAUUAAAUAUUUUAUUUUAUCACAAACUACAUUACAUCGUAUAUUGAUUGUCCCCUAUUUUACAGGACGGGUUUUAAUAAUCGAGAAAUUCUGAACAUUAUUGACUUUUUUCAGCUGAAUUUCAAAUUGAAAAGAUUUUUUAUUUGAAUUACUAUCGCAACACACAUUGUUGCUCUUUUCCUCUAAUCGUGGGAAACAAACUCCAUUUAUUGGGACCACACCUAUAUGAGAAUACGUACACACUCACAUACAUACGUAUAUUGAGUUUCUAUUAUAAACACUCAUAUUCUUUCUCCGACACCGCUCUUACGCCGUAAUGUGUUUUGCUUCUUUGUUGUGAUUAUUAUUGCAUUACAAUAUCUCUUAAGAUCGCUCCGAUUUCACCAGGACAUCCUUUUAUAGACUGCUUAUCCUUUAGACUGAGAUAGCAUCUUUUAAUCAUUUCUGGAUUUCUUUUUUUUUUACAUAUAUGUCGUUAUUUCUACGGCAGUAUGUGAAACACUUAGAUAGGACCCGGUCAGCCACAAGCACUCUAAUGGUGCGUUGAAAAUGUAUCUACAUGGCAAAUUCUUUUAUACAUGUAAACAAAGUUUCAUGUUAUCCAAAACAAGAGACUGAACCAUAAUGGAUUAUACUCAGACAUUUCUCAACUUUAAAGAUUUAUUCAGGAAUCAGUAUGGAGGAUGUUAAUCACUUGGACACUUCAAGCACAACUGUUUUUACCAAUAUAGAUACAGUUACAGAAACCGACAGAUGUGAUAAACUUGUAAACAACAAUGUUCCUGAACAUCACUCUGAGAUUUGUAAGAAGACAUUCUCUUUAGAGCAUGAAGUCUUCACACACAAUAAGAAGAAAGUCUAUAAUUGUGAAGUAUGUGAGAAAUCUUUUGCUUCAAACAGUAAUUUAACAAAACACAAGAGACUACAUACUGGAGAAAGACUAUUUCACUGUGAAAUGUGUGGGAAAAUAUUUACUGACAAUUCUCAUCUUGUUGUUCACAAAAGAACACACACUGGAGAAAAACCAUACGACUGUGAAAUAUGUGGGAAAUCGUUCUCUGAGAAGUCUAGUCUUGUAAUUCACAUACGUAGUCACACUGGAGAAAAACCAUAUCAGUGUGAAAUAUGUGGUCAGUAUUUGGUCACUAAAAGUGAGUUAACAAAGCACAAAAGAAAACACACUGGAGAAAAGCCUUUCAAUUGCGAAAUAUGUAAGAAAUCAUUUAUCACUAAAAGUCAAUUGAAUAGUCACAAAAAAAUCCACACUGGAGAAAAAGCUUAUCACUGUGAAACAUGCAGGAAAUCAUUCUCUGAGAAGUCUGGUCUUGUAAUUCACAAAAGAAUACAUACAGGAGAAAAACCUUUUGAUUGUGAAAUUUGUGGGAAAGCAUUUAUCACUAAAGGCCAGUUGAAUAGUCACAAAAGCAUACACACUGGAGAAAAACCGUUUCACUGUGAAGUGUGUUGGAAAUCGUUUUCUGGUAAGUCUAAUCUUAUAGUUCACAAAAGAAUCCACACUGGGGUAAGACCCCACCACUGUGAAAUAUGUGGAAAAUCAUUCUCUGACAAGUCUAGUCUAGUAGUUCACAUACGUAGUCACACUGGAGAGAAGCCGUUUCGUUGUGAAAUUUGUGGGAAAUAUUUUGUCCAGACGAGUGAUUUAGCAAAGCAUAAAAGAAGACACACUGGAGAAAAACGUUUUCACUGUGAAAUUUGUGGGAAAGCUAUUUCUAGUAAUUCUAAUCUUAUAAUUCACAAAAGGAAACAUACUGGAGAAAAACCUUUCUAUUGUGAAAUGUGUGAGGAAACAUUUAUCUCUAAAGUUCAAUUAAAUAGUCACAAAAGAACUCACACUGGAGAAAAACCUUUCUGCUGUGAAAUUUGUGGAAAAUCAUUUUCUGAGAAGUCUGGUCUUGUAGUUCACAGGAGGAUACACACUGGAGAAAAACCAUUUCAGUGUAAAAUAUGUGGAAAAUCAUUCUCUGACAAGUCUAGUCUUAUAGUUCACGAAAGAAUCCACACUGGCGAAAAACCAUAUCAUUGUGAAAUAUGUGGGAAAUCUUUCUCUGAGAAGUCUAGUCUAGUAGUCCAUAAAAGAAUACACACAGGAGAGAAACCUUUUGAUUGUGAAAUUUGUGGGAAACCAUUUGCUGAGAAGUCUGGUCUUGUAGUUCACAAGAGAAUACAUACAGGAGAGAAACCCUUCCCCUGUGAAAUGUGUGGUAAAUCAUUCUCUGAGAAGUCUACUCUUGUAGUUCACAUACGUAGUCACACUGGAGAAAAACCAUAUCAGUGUGAAAUAUGUGGGAAAUAUUUUGUCCAGAACAGUGAUUUAACAAAGCACAGAAGAAGGCACACUGGAGAAAAACCAUUUCAUUGUGAAAUUUGUGGAAAAAGUUUUGUCACUAAUGGGGAUCUGACAACACACAGGCGUAGUCACACUGGAGAAAAACCCUUCCCUUGUGAAAUAUGUGGGAAAUCGUUUUCUAAUAAUUCUAAUCUUCUUGUUCAUAAAAGAAAACAUACUGGAGAAAACACCCUUUCACUGUGAAAUCUGUGGGAAAUAUUUUGUCCAGAAUGGUGAUUUAAACAAACAUAAAAGAAUCCACACUGGAGAAAAGCCUUUUCAUUGUGAAAUCUGUGGUAAAUCAUUUACUCAGAAUUCUUGUCUUAUUAUCCACAAUUGUAGUCACACUGGAGAAAAACCAUAUUACUGUGAAAUAUGUGGAAAAUCAUUCACCACUAAUGGUGAUUUGACAACACACGAGAGAAACCAUUCCAGUGUGAAAUAUGUGAGGAAUCAUUUGUUUAUAGAAGAUAUUUAACAGAACACAAAAGAAUACACACGGGAGAAAAAACGUAUAAUUGUGAAAUAUGUGGGAUUUCAUUUAUUAAAAAUAGG